UGAUGAACAAGAACUCCCCAGAACCCCCAUUUGUCCAUUUUAUUAGGGGAGACUCAAUUUGGAAGAAGGACAUGAUGAGUUGAGAGUCAGAAGAUCAAGAAUGAAGAACUUGAGGGUGUAGAUGGCAGGGAAGUUGGUGCGGUCAUUUGCCCGUUGUGGCCAGGAGUUGAACAAUGAAGACGGAAAGGGUCAAUUCACAGCCAAUGUCCUGCUGACCUUCCUGAACAAGGGGUCGACACAACGGAAGUUCAUGAGGGUGGGGAUCGAGAUGUCGGAACUCACCGAAUUGGUGCUGGACAGUUUGGAGAUACCACGUGGUACGCGAAAUGCCGAUCGUCUCCGUGAAGGUUUAGACACUAUGUUCAGUUCAGAGUCCAGCACUGCCCAACGAGAGGAGGCCGUGAGAGAUUUCCGGGGCACCAUCACGGCUAUGAGACAGGAACACACGCUGUUCAGUUCUUCUGAUUUCAUGGAGCGCGUCCUCCGCCUCCGGAAGCCAACGCCAAUCCCACGGUGGAAGAUCCUUUUCAAGCAGAUCUUCGAACAGGCAGACCUGGAUCGAUGUGGAACUUUGACCAAAGAGGAGUUCACGGCUGCUCUGGAGUCACCUCAAACGCAGGCCAGAUUGGAGUCAUUGGGCCUAGAUCUGGAUCUGGUGGAGGAAAUGUUCGAAGUCAUCGAUGUGGACGGUAGUGAUGACGUGACCGAGGCAGAAUUGCUCUUGGGCGUAGAACUCUUGCUUGAGCUUCAGAAGGAGUCGGACGAUAUCGUCGACGUCGACGACUUGCGCGAACGCUUGCAGCAGCAUGGGCAUCGACAGCUUCAGGUCUUGCAGACGCACACGGAGGAGGAGCCCGCGGCCUUUGUGACCAAGAUCCGCGCGGAGGAAAAAAUGCCUUCUUCGCCACCAGCAGAGAAGGAGACGGAGGCCUUGCGAAGACACCCACACCUCCAAGCGAAGGACUCAUCCUGAGCAACGAAGAAGACGAAAAGCUCAAAGAGCGGUCGCAUGGGAGUUAUGGGGAGGUACUGGGAGUGGAU